GCGCGCGCUCCUAUUGGUCGGCGGGAACGCGAGGCGCGAUUGGCUGAAUCGUGGAAACCGAGCCAAGGAAGGAAGGGAGGGGGCGGGACCCGCGCGGGUUGCGUUGCCAAGGCUCCCGUCGUCAAGCAGCAGCCAAUCAGGGCGCGCGGAGGAGAUGCCUGGCAGGCCAGUCGGGCCUAGCCGGAGAAGGAGGCAAACAGGAGCCUCGGAGGUUGUGAUGAGAGCUGCUUCCUGACCUCCGCCUCGCUUCCUGGAGAAUCCAAGAAGACCUCCGUAUCAUCCAGACUUGGUCCGUUGCCGAAUCUCCUGCAGGACGGAAGACAAGUCGGAGCCGGGCUUCUGGGGAGGCUUGAGCCCCAUUGAUGCUCCUGAAGACAAGGACUCUUUGGCGGAAGAAGGAGGAGAAGAAGAGCGCCCUUUCUGCCCAGGGGCCCCAAGAUGGCUGAGGCCGCUGUCGCCACCAAGACGGCCUGGAAGUUGCAGGAGAUCACAGCUCACAGCAGCAGCGUCUCUUCCCUGGUUCUGGGCAAGAGCUCCGGGCGACUUCUUGCCACCGGCGGAGAAGACUGCCGGGUCAACAUCUGGUCCGUCAACAAGCCCAACUGCAUCAUGAGCCUGACUGGCCACACCACGCCGGUGGAGAGCGUGAAGAUCAACACCAAUGAAGAGCUGAUCGUUGCCGGGUCUCAGUCCGGCUCCAUUCGCAUCUGGGACCUGGAGGCUGCCAAAAUUCUCCGCACCUUAAUGGGCCACAAAGCCAACAUCUGCAGCCUGGAUUUCCAUCCGUUCGGGGGCUUCGUGGCCUCGGGAUCCAUGGACACCAACAUUAAGCUUUGGGAUGUGAGAAGGAAAGGCUGCGUCUUCAGGUACAAGGUGCUCGGACGCUGCUUCUUGACCGUGAUGCAGGUCCAUUUCCAGUUCCUGUCCCAAGCCCUGCAGAAGGUCCAGCCGGUGGCCCAUUCCUGCUUCGCAGAAGCCGUCGCCCAGGAAAGGAAGCCCUCCAGCGGGACGCAGGCCGCUGGGACCGGCCCCACGACCGAGCCCGAGGAGGCCGUGCGCUCCUGGAGGAGGGCGGCCGAGGUGGGUCACCUCGCCAGUGGGUGCGUCCUCUUCAACCCGGACGGCUGCUGCCUCUUUGCCGGCUGCCAGGACGCCCUGCGGGUCUACGGGUGGGAACCGGAGCGCUGCUUUGACGUGGUGCCCGUCAGCUGGGGUAAAGUGGCCGACCUCUCCAUCUGCAACAACCAGCUGAUCGGCGUCUCCUUCUCACAAAGCGUGGUCUCCUCCUUCGUGGUGGACCUCAACCGCGUCACCAGAUGUGGCUCCGGCCUCCAGGGCCUGAUCCGGGACGACCGGCCCCUUGUACAGCAGAGCCCGUCAGUCGGAUCCUCCCUCCGCCGCAUCUAUGAACGGCCCUCCACUGCAUGCAGCAAGCCCCAGCGAGUCAAACACAACUCAGAGAGCGAGAGGCGCAGCCCCAGCAGUGAAGACGACCGGGAAGAGAAGGAAUCCACUGCCGAAAUCCAGAACGCGGAGGAUUACCAAGAGAUCUUCCAGCCAAAGAAUUCCAUCAGUGAGCGGUCGCUCCUUGGGCCGCGCCGGGAUCUGGGGUUUGGGCGUGUCCCGGGGGCGCUGGGAGUGGGUCCCCAGGUUUUAUAUGCGUUGAUCGUGGUUUUUUCGGGCGCGCUCGCGUCUCUUUUCGCCCAGCGUAUCCAAGUUGAAGAAGGUGUUAGAAUAAAAAAGUGGGCCGGAGAUCAUUGGCCUGGCGCCCAGCGCGAGGAUGUCCCUGCGGUCAUAGAGUUGCUUUGUGUCCUUGAAAAGUUUAGAGAGGUGGAAGAUGCUCUCUCCUACCUUGACCAAGUGAAGUUACAGUUUGGUAGCCAGCCUCAAGUUUACAACGACUUCUUGGACAUAAUGAAGGAGUUUAAAUCUCAAAGCAUCGACACUCCGGGGGUGAUCAGCCGCGUCUCCCAGCUCUUCAAGGGCCACCCCGACCUGAUCAUGGGCUUCAACACCUUUUUGCCCCCCGGCUACAAAAUCGAAGUGCAGACGAACGACAUGGUGAACGUGACAACGCCGGGGCAGGUCCACCAGAUCCCAGCCCACGGCCUGCAGCCUCAGCCGACCCCACAGCCGGCUCAUCCGUCUCAGCCCACGGCACAGUCUGUCCCGACCCCCGCACAGCCGGCACCCCAGCCGCCGCCGGCCAAGAUCAGCAAGAUAGUCAUGUUACUUUUCACAAGAGACUCAUUAUUGGCCAUGUAUAUCAUGCAGCGCAUCCCAUGGUCACCCGAAUUUGAUUCUGGUGAGACUGGGAUGAAUCUUGUCUAUACUAGACAUCCUUUCUGCUCUUUUCCCAGGUCCCUCUGGAAGCUGGACCUCUGUACUGUCAUCCUGCCCCAGAUCGAGAAGCUGCUGCAAAGCAGAUACGAGAGUUACAUCCACACGGGCUGCACUUCUCUGAAGUUGAUCCUGCAGCGGUUCCUCCCGGUGAUCACCGACACCCUGGCUGCGCCGCCUUCCGUCGGGGUGGACAUCUCCCGGGAGGAGAGGCUCCAGAAGUGCCGCCUUUGCUACAGGCAGCUGAAGAUCAUCAACAACUUCGUUAAGAACAAGUCCGGGCUGAGCGGGCGCCACGGGAGCACCUUCCGGGAGCUGCACAUCCUCAUGGCCGGCUUGGAGUGAGAGGAGGAGCCCCAGAACAACGUCAACACAGCGUCUACUUCGCUCCUGGUCGGGUCCGGUCCUUUGUCCGGUCCCGGUCUCUUCCGCCAAAAGGAGGGAAAAGGCCCAGGCGGGGUUCUGCUCCCACCCCAGUGCCUUACAAGGCGAGAUCUCUUCCAAGGAGGCCUUCCCGGAGACGCGCCUCCCGCUUCCUUUCCGGCGGCUCGAACCGGGUUAUGCAAGUUUGGGACGAAAGAGGUGUCCUCGUCUCUUUAACAAGUCAGUGUCACAGAGAAGGCGGUCUCCCCCUCCACAAUCCCACUCCCCUUUUAAAUGUGUUUGAACUGCUGUGAAUAAAGAUAUAACUUAUGAUGCAUUUUCAUAAUAAAGAACCACGCAUACAUUCGUAAA